AUGAACUUCGCCCCCUAUCAGGACGAAUCGCCCGAGGUAGAGCGCGCGUUCUCUCCGACUCCCGAGAACCGCACCAAGUCCCCCGUCGCCCGAUCGCCUCACAAUUCUCCCCCGAUCCCAGGCCUUGCUUCCGCCGGCGGACUCUCAUCUCCAAACCAAUUCGCAGGAACCGGCCACAUAAACACUAGCGGAUAUGGGAAUACGGCGCAUGGAUACGGAGAUCUGGAGGGCGGAAGAUGGAACCUAGGGGCAUUUGAGACGAGUCUGCCCAUUCGGAUGGACGUUGAAGCUAUGCUGGCAUACCUGCUUCUUCCUCCGGCUGGUGGAGUUUUCCUACUUUUGCUAGAACACAAAAGUGACUAUGUUCGAUUUCACGCAUGGCAGUCAAGCAUGCUGUUUACUGCCAUUUUUGUAAGUUGCGCCUGCAAUUUUCCCUCUAGACAUUAUUCUCAUGUGCUACAGAUAAUCCACCUUAUAUUCUCAUGGUCCAGUUUUCUAUCAUGGAUACUGUUUAUUUGCGACAUUGGGUUGAUCGGUUUCCUCAGCCUGAAAGCCUACCGCGAUGUCGAUACCCUCGAACACUUUGAAGUUCCUAUCUUUGGUCGACUCGCAAACUCAUUUGUCGACAACGAAUAA